UCGGGGAGAGGCUACUGAUGAUCGGGAGUAGGACAGCAGUACUUUAGAGAAGCCAGCCAGGGAGUUGUAACAAUGACUGAGUAUGGUUUCAGGGUCUGGGAUGUUGGACCAUGGUACAGGUAGUGCAUCCCAAAGGUUUGGUGUUAAGGAAAUGUUCGAAAUGGUGCGUGGCAAUGACUUCCAUCACACAAUCACAAUAGGAGCCUCAGUUUGUGAGGUCAGUGUAAAUGCCGAUUUAAGAGCUCACAAAAUUGCUCACAGAAUCUUAAAACUCAGCUGUCUCAAAGGUGGCUGGGUUGUGCAUUGGUGUUCCGUCACCAGCUUCUAACAUUUUUGUUAGUUAAUCUGACUCUGUGGAGUUUAGCAGUUGCCUAAGGUGAAGUUUUUUCCUUUCUUGUCUUUUUAUAUUGUAGCUGUGAAAAGAAGCAAAAACACAAGAAGAAAAUCAUUUGAUGGAAGAUAAGAAAAAGAAAAAACAAGAAGAGAAGAAAAAAGAAGUUGCACAGAAAAAGACUACAGAACAGAUAACCAAAGUGCCAGACUCUACCAAGCCCGACCCCAUCCCUCCUCUUCUCCCCGCCAACCCCGGUGCCAUCCCAUCCGUACCCCAGAGCAGUGGAAAUGGGAAGCGCACCCCCUCCGUAUGCCAGCCGCAGACAGCACAGCAGCCGCAGACUUUGCUCCAGCAGCAGCGCUACCUGCCCAGAGAGGUGCCCCCACGCUUCCGCCAGCAGGAGCAGAAGCAGCUUUUGAAGAGGGGUCAGCCUCUGCCCCCCGGGACCCUGCCUCUCCUUACCACGGGACAUCCCGACACUAGUGAAUCUGCAGCACCAACAGUAGCCAUCAACCCCUCUCCAUCCUGUACCUCUUCCUCCUCAGCCAACUUGCCCACAGUACUGCCCCCGCAUAGUGGCCAAUUAACGCAGUAUGAUAACCCCUGCUGGGGUAACCUGCCAGCCAACAGAAGUGCCACAAGUGCUGCAUCUUCCACCAGUUCCAGUGGCUGGGAUCCACUAAUUAUUGACCAGAAGGACUCAGCGGCUUGGCCUUCUAUUACCCUCAGUCAGAGCCAGGCUUCUCCAGUAGGAUGCCCUUUGGACACUGACCCUGGUCACCUGACCACCAGCAGCAGUAGUUCAAGCAGUAGUUGUAGUGCAGUGAGUAUGGCCACAGGAGCCAAUAGUCAGACAGGCCACUUCCCUGCCAACCACCUUAACAGUAAAGCCAACAGUGGUCCUAGCCCUGUCAAUCAUACUGGAACCAGCAUGCUCUCAAGCCAGGUUUCAACCAAUCGCAGUUGGGGAUCUGGCCCAGGACCUUCACAUUACUCCCCUCAGUCCUCAGUGGGUAAUGAAGGAAAGUGUGACAGCCCAGUGGGAGGAGGUGGCAGCAGGGGCUGGGGUUCCUCUUCGUCAUCCUCCACCAACAAUUUUAACUUGAACCUAAACCCUAAUGCCAACCCAUCAGCAUGGCCCAUGUUGGGGCAUGAUGGAGGAGGUACAGGGGCAGGCAGCUCAGGUGGAGCCAACGCCAUUUCAUCUCCUCAACCUACACCUAAUCUCUGUAACCCUCCUGGCCCCCCACCAACCCAAACCAGUGCCUGUUCUGGAGUCAACAAUAACAGCAAGUCUUCGGGGAUUGGCAGUGCAUGGGGUACCAUAACGACUUCUGAGGAGUCGCACCUCACUCCUUCCACGAAUGUGUCUUUCAGUUCUGAACCUCAAAACCUUAAAACUGAUGGACCAAAUCAGACUAAAAAACAUGAACCUCCGAGCCCGAUCCAAAACUUGUCUGGUUGGGGCAACUCCUCUGUUGGCAUGGGUUCUAUGGGGCAGUCUCAGCUGGCGGGUUCACAGGUCAACGGGGAAGAUGGCAACUCUUUGUGGGGUAACAGUGGCAAUACAAAGCCAACUUCAUCAAAGGAAGUACCUGGCUGGGACUCUGCUUUGGUCAAUGUGGGGGGUGGUGCCCGAAACUCUGGAGGCUGGGGCGAACAGUCCAGUGGAGACUGGGGGAAACAGCACAGUGAAGAGGCGCAGGGAGGCUGGGAUGCUCCCAGCUCUCCUCCCCAGGACUCACAAGCCAAUACUUGGAACAGAGCUGCGAGCACAGCUGGUGCCAGUGAAGGAAGCAGUGACAGCACGGAGGGAUUUCCCCGACGAAGGGAUGGCCCAACAAGGGAGAAAGUGGUUCCUUUGCUCCCUGCCCAGGAUCUGGACCCCAGAGUGCUCUGCAACACCGGUUGGGGACAGACCCCUGUACGCCAGCACACAACAUGGGACAUGGAUGACUCGAAACGCAAGAACGAUGCUGGCGCUGAAUCAUGGGGCUCUGGUCCUGCUGCUUCAACCGAUGUCCAGGGACCCUCAAACACUAACAAGGCCCCCACUCAGAGGUCUGAUUCUGGGAAUAAAAAUGAUGUGCCUAGUUCACAGGGACCUUCUGGUUGGGGUGGCAGCAUGGCAGCUUCACAUACACCCAGCUCUGGUUGGGGAGACCCACCCACCACCGUAAAACACCCAACAGGGCCUAGUGGAUGGGGUAACCCUCCAACAGGAGGCCCUACCAACAGCAUACCCAAGAGCGGUACUAAGUCUUGGGGGGAGGAGAAAUCAUCUGGAUGGGAUGAUUCACACAGCAAGUCAGCAACCCAGGGCUGGGGUGAGCAACCCAAAACAUCAAACUCCUGGGGCAGCAGUGGAGGAAGCAAUAACUCUGGGGACUGGGGAGAACCUGAGGAGAGUAAAAAGUGUUCAUCUGGACCCGACUGGGCAGGAGAGUCAGGAAACUGGAAGGAAAACAAAAGAGAAUGGGGAAUUUCUACUUCCGGACAUGGAGGUUCUGCAGCUGGAAGCAGUGGAGGCUGGGGAGAUUCUGCACCACAGCGCCCAUGCGGACCCCCUCAAGGCUGGAUGGGCAAGCCCCAGGAUGGGCCAAAUAGUACUAGUGGAGGGGGGGCUAUGGGCUCUUGGGGUGGUCAGGGCUCUGUGAAGCCGGGUGCCAGCUUGGGUGGUGCUAAGAAAGAAGCGUCAAAUGAGCCGACAGGCUGGGAAGAGCCCUCUCCACCUUCAAUCCGUCGCAAAAUGGAGAUAGAUGACGGGACCUCGGCCUGGGGCGACCCCGGUGCUUACAAUAAGGCCGUCAACCUGUGGGAUAGGAACAACCCGGGGAUGGUCCAAGCUAAAGUUACAACAGCAGGCAAUAACCCUCCAAAUUCUGGCAACAACCAUACUCAUGCUCACAAUCACUCCUAUCACGGGCCACCUGCACCUCUACAGAACCAUAGCCCAAACACUCCAAACCCAGGCCCUAGCAGUGGGCCAAUGGAACCUGCAGUACAACACCAAUCUGGGAUGCCUCACAUCAGGGGUCCUCUCAUAGCUCAAGGUUGGGGAGAGCUUUCCAGCUCACACACAAAAUCUGAGAGCUCUUGGGGAGAGCCUGUGCCCUCUCCAGUCAGCGUGGAUAAUGGCACAUCUGCUUGGGGCAAACCCACUGGGAGCCCAGGGGGCUGGGGAGACGGCAACCCAGACAAUUACAGCAGGAGCAACCCAGCAAUGACGGCAGCACCUGGAAAACCUGCCUCCAAACCUAUGCAAGAUGGAUGGGGAGGAGGAGGUGAAGAGCUCAGCCUUUCAGGGGGUCAGUGGGAUUCUGAGGAGGGAGACAUGUGGAACAGCACAGCCUCCCAGGAGAGCAACUCUUCCUGUAACUCCUGGGGAAAUUCCUCCAAAAAAGUCCCACCAAAAGUGAAGAUACCAGGGAAACAGGAAGAUGCCUGGAUCAUGAAACAGCUCAUCAAACAGCUCACAGACAUGGGCUUUCCUAGGGAUCCAGCAGAGGAGGCUUUGCGGAGCAACAAUAUGAACUUGGAUCAGGCUAUGAGUUCCCUGCUGGAGAAGAAGACAGAGAUCGACAAGCGCGGGAUGGCGAUUGGCAGCCAUGACUACAACAACGGGCUCAUCAACAAGCCCAUGAGCUGCCCCCGUCCUCCGCUUCUUUCCAAAGACCCCUCAGCAGAUCCUCGCCUGCCCUUCAUUGAUAAGAUGCAGAGUGGAAUGUUUGGUGGAGGUGGAGCAGCACAAGCCCGGGCCAUGCAGCAACCGCAGCCGCCUCCUCAGCCACCAGUGCCGUCUCUCAGCUCCUCUCAGCCUAGUCUACGUGCUCAAGUGCCUCAGUUUCUCUCCCCUCAGGUUCAAGCACAGCUCUUACAGUUUGCAGCAAAAAACAUUGGUCUGAAUCCUGCACUUUUAACCUCACCAAUAAACCCUCAACACAUGACCCUUCUGAACCAACUUUACCAGCUGCAACUGGCAUACCAGCGUUUACAGAUUCAACAGCAAAUGUUGCAGGCACAGCGUAAUGUUUCUGGCCCCAUUCGGCAACAAGAGCAGCAAGUUACACGUACAAUCAAUAACAUGCAGCAGCAGAUCCAGCAGCACCAACGUCAGCUGGCCCAGGCUCUGCUCAUGAAGCAGCAGCAACAGCAGCCCUCCCACUCAGGCCUGCAUCCUGGUGGGGCCAAAACUCCUCUGGAUUCCUACUCUGGUCACCCCCAGACUCCACUCCUCUCUGACCUGCAGACCAAAGAGCCGCAGUCAUCUCCCAGCCCCUACAGCCCCUAUGCUCUUUCUGGACUGAAUCCAAAUAUGAAUCACAACUGUAUGGAUGUGGGUGGUCUUCCUCUGAAGGACCCACCUUUACCGCAGUCCCGGCUGUCACAGUGGACACAUCCAAACUCCAUCGAAAGUCUCUCUGGAAAUUCUUCUCCUCUUGAGCCCAACCUGGGAAAACAUGGCGCCAACCUCGGCCCACCUGGAAAGCCCCCUCAGAUGGACGACUCGUACAAUCCCUACAAUCUAAUAUCCAGUUCAGAGUCUCCCAGCAGCCCCCUGGUUCCUCCAGAGAGCUGGGGUCCGGGCAAGAACAGCAGCGAUAAGAUGGCCAAUGGGACCAAUAUCAACUGGCCUCCAGAGUUUUGUCCUGGUGUACCUUGGAAAGGUCUGCAGAAUAUCGACCCGGAGACAGACCCCAAUGUAACUCCAGGCAGCGUCCCCAGUGGACCUACUAUCAACACCAACAUCCAAGAUGUCAACCGUUACCUCCUCCGGGACAGGAGUGGAAGCUCCUCUCCCACCUCAUCUCAGAGCGAGGCUCUGCCUCCGUCCACCGAUUGGCCAGUCAGUGCCUACACUAGCUCUUUCAGUCUUUCCUCCUCGGAGAUGGACGACGCAGGCAAACUGUCAGAGAUGAAAUCAACCUGGUCUCCAGGUCCCAUCUCUCACAGCCAGGCGUCUCUGUCCCACGAGCUUUGGAAGGUCCCCCAGGGUCCACGGAGCAGCACCACAGCUCCUUCCCGCCCCCCGCCCGGCCUCACUAACACAAAGCCCUCCUCCACCUGGGGCGGGAACUCUCUGGGUUUGGCCCAAGGAUGGAGCAGCUCCUACAGCACAGCAGGUACCACAUGGAGUCCUGACAGCUCCACCAGGACCAGUAGCUGGCUGGUUCUCAGGAACCUAACUCCACAGAUUGACGGUUCCACUCUGCGGACACUGUGCAUGCAGCACGGCCCCCUCAUCACCUUCCACCUCAACCUGACACAGGGAAACGCUGUGGUCCGGUACAGCUCCAAGGAUGAAGCCGCCAAAGCUCAGAAGUCCCUGCACAUGUGUGUGCUGGGAAACACCACCAUUUUAGCAGAGUUUGCCGGGGAAGAGGAGGUGAAUCGCUUCUUUGCACAGGGCCAGUCGCUCGGAGGAACGACAAGCUGGCAGGCCACCCCUGGAACCAAUCAGACCAGGAUGGGCGGAGCCGGAUCUGGAGUGGCUCACCCCAUUGGUCACUCACCCCACUGGAACAACAAUAACAACAGCGGCGGCGGAAAUAGCGGCGGGCUCGGAGCAGGCGGGACAAAAACAGGAGGGGAGUUGCUUUGGGGAGGUGUUCAGCAGUAUUCCAGCCUGUGGGGACCUCCGAGCGGGGAGGAAGGACGAGUCAUGGGGAGCCCCACACCAAUCAAUACGCUGCUGCCUGGAGACCUGCUGAGUGGAGAAUCCAUGUAGGAGGAAAACUGACAAAGAGGAGCAAAAAGCCCUGCAAAUCAAUGUGGAGAUAAUCAAGUGUGGAUGUGAAGAAACAGAGAGACGAGAGGAGGACAACGCUUCAUAUUCGCUGCUUGGCUUUGUCCACCUCCUCUGCUCUUUUUGUGUUAAAACAACAUUUCAGUUGCAGUUUUUUUAUGUGACUUUGGAGCCCAGUGUUAUCAAAAAGGAAAAAAAUGUUUUCUUGAAACAAACGGGGAAGACGCUGGUUUAAACCAACUUGAGUUAAACUGACAUGGCAACAAGCUGCCAUCUUUAAACUGGCAAUCAUCAUGCACCUCAGAGAUCCAUGAAGAAAGGCAUCAUUCCCAAAGUAAAAAAAAAAAACACUCAACCCUUCAAUCAGAGUGGUUGUCACACUGUCAGCUGGUCCAGACCCGUCAUUUGUUUCUCUCAGCACUAAUAUUAGCCUUAAACCGUUUCCUGCCCUGCUAUCCACGCUCACUCUUGACUCGGUAAAGAAGCUUAUGGAGAACUUGCACACCCUUAUUUCUGAGCCAGUGAAACCUGAGUGGAAAGUACAUGCUGCUGCAGCUCACAACUUCAGUGCAUUUUUAUUCUUUUGCAGUCGAAUCGAGUUCCCCAAACACAACGCUCAAAGGGAAUGAUGCAACUUUGUUCGCCUUGUUCAAGCCAUUUAUUUUUGUAGUAUUUUUUUAUGAGUUGUCUUCUAGAAACCAUUGAAAGCAAAGCUUAGAAACAAUGUCUGUCAGUUGUAUGGUGGGAGGAUGUACAUAUGACGAUUAUGAACCACUGCUAAUACAAAGGAGCUGUUGGAGACAAACACUUUGAUGCACCUCAGCCCAUCACUGGGCUUUUCAUUGUUUUUGUUUUUCUACAGUUUGGUCUCAGACUGUCUCAGCGACAUUUUGGGAGAAGUAAAAACCUCAAACGAGUUCCUUCCCCUCCGCCGCACGCCCACUCCACCUGCAAACUCAUUAUUUCAAGCGACGUGCAAUAUAAGCCAGAGACUCUACCGUCCAAGCACCGUAUGACUGAAAGCAGACUGUAAGGGAAGAGUGAACUGCGAACACUUUAUCUGCUCUCGGAAAGAGGAAAAAAAAAACUGCCACUACUACCCUUUAUCUCCCCUUACAGAGAGUGUGAACUCAGGAGAGUAGCAA